UAUAAAACUGUCACCUUAACCCUCAGUUCAAUAGCACACCCUUUGCCAGAUAAGACACACAGACAUUACAGUACACAUACACUCAGGUCUUCUAUAUUCACACACACACACACACACACACAGUACCCAUAGGUUCAGGUCCUUAUUGAUUUCCGUUGAAUUCCCAGGUUCACUGAAAGCGGCCUGCUGGCUUUAAGGUUUCUACUGAGGUGUGCGGGUGUUAACGUCACAAGAUGCCGAUACAAGAGUCUUUUUACUUUUUAGAAAUCUUCAUCCCGAUGAUCACAUUUGGCAUCACCAUCAUCUGCUGCACAGCCUUUUGUAAGGCCUUCCACCGGGCCCGCCAGGAGCAACUGGACCGGGAGGAGAGACGAGACAGGCCCUCCAUCUACGUCAUUCCCUUCCCCGCAGUAUCUUAUGACAGCGAAGACAUCCACAGGCCUCCUCGCUACAGCACCUCAGAGUUCUCCAGCCCACCUCCGGCCUACAAUGAGGUAUUAGUCCAUCCUAAACACGAGGUGGAGAUGAAGCCAGACUUUAUCCACCCAGAGCUUCCUCCAGCCUACUCGGAGGUCUCCAACGCGCCUGUUUUCCCCCUGCAACCUUACUCGGCGUCUCCUGAACCCCACUCCCAACCAUAGGACCGUACCAGCUUAGGAAGCCUGCGAGGGGGAGGCCUGAAGCCACAGACUAAGGGAUAAAUGACACAGAAUAUGGCACAUACUGUAUGUGGAGUGGGGAUUCUGAAGCUGGAUAUGUACAUGUAUACCACAGAGACUUGGUCCUUGGGAUUGUUCAAUGGGGACGUGAGGUGGAAAGUUUGGAGACCAUAAGGAAAAGCAAGUGUUUCGACACCUAUGAAAGUGUGUAACUGUAAAGCAGAAGUAGGGGACAAGAGAUUGAAUGGGGUUGCGUAGUAGCUAUAGCUACCAAUCUGUACAUACCAGUGUGUAAAUAUAUAUACAUCUUUCAAAUGUUAUUUUUCAAGGUGCCAUGGAACUUCUGUAACAUGGUAAAUAAAGUCUGUUUUCGUUACCAAAGA